UUGUUUUCCCUGCUCUGUUGAUAUACUGAAGCUAGAACAUUUCUUUGCCCCUCUUUGACCUUAUUUCAUACCUAGUCCAUGCACACUUGUAAGAAUGAAUUUUGAGGCAGUGUCUGCUGGCUCUUCGAUGACAGCUCAAAGGAGCAUGUGUUGCCCUAAAUGAUUUGCGUUGCACACUUUGUACCUGUGAUCUCUAACACCCACACUCUCUCUUGCCAUGGUUUUUUUUGAUCUAGUUCUACAUCUCCCUCUUCACCCUGGUGCAGUCCCUGCAUGCGCCUUGCAGCUGCUUAACCAGGAACAACUGAGUCUGGCUGGGAGGGCAUGGAGGCAAGGGAUUUAUCUUCCAAAGGCUUCUCUCUGCUCUGAAACAUCACCCCAGUCAUUUUCUUUGAAAUAAUACUCUGAAUUUUCUUAUUUGUACAAAUUCCUUGUCAACUGCAGUUUUCAAUUGUUAAUUUACAGUAUAUGCUAAGAGUGACAGCAAGGCAUGCUAAAGGCUAAGGCAAACUUGUAGAAGGGUCUUGUAGUUUGAAACAGUGGGAAAAGGGCUGAAGUUAGCUUGGCUGAAUAGCACAAAUUAAUUACCAAUAAAUUACCGAUUCCCUGACAAAAAACAUGGGCCUGCUUUUCUCAGCAGCCGAUGCCAGUGUAGAGUGUUGCAAAGGCUGUGUUUGUGUAUUGCACAGGUCAUCUCCUCUUCUGUGCUGAUUCUUUCAACUCCUGCUAAGGUGCACUUGGAAGAGCAAGUGAUAAGGAAUGAGCAAAGUCAGUCUGUGCUGUGCAUGCGUAGUGUGACAUGGAGAGAGACCCUGGUGAAGCUGGUGCUGGUGGACACCAGGAGUAGUCUCUGGUACACAGGACUAGAUGGGGCUGCUGAGCUGCCUUUUCUUGCCAAGACUUCUCUUGUUAGGUCAGACUUAGAAAUAUUUCCAGCUGCCAGGUGGGAUGACGCAGGCAUGAACUUUUGACUGCACUGGGAAACCUGCUCACACAAAGCGAGCGCAAUGCUGUGCACACUCGCUCCAGGGAGAAAGCUGGAUGGGGGGCAUGAGCUAAGGUCAGCAGUGCAAGCUACCAUACAGACCAGUCAGUUUGGGCUCCCCUGCUCUCUGGGAAAGCAGAAGAUAAAGAAAUGGUCCAUCUAUUUUCAAGAGGUAAAAUAACUCUUUUACUGGAAUAAGUGGGCAGGAAGGAAACUCUGAGUUCCUCAUGGAAUUUGUAGGGUGACUACGGAAGCUGAAUUUGAGGCAUUUUAGUAUCAAGGUUUGUCCCCAUCUUUGACUCUUUGACUAUCCAGUAUGGACCUGUAUAUACUGUGUGUCCUCUGCAAAGCUUGGGGUAUCUGUUUAUAUUUCACCUCUUUUCACACAGGGUUAUUUUGAAGCUAAAACUGUUGCACUUUUUGGGGUUAGAGGAAAAAUUGGAAACAAAAGUUCCAUGGUAGGAGGCAUCAAAAUGUUGCAAUCAGUGAGUCAAAGCUAAUAAACGUUAUUUUGGCCUUUCUUGGAGGGAAAAAAGGCUCUUAGUCAGACUCUUAAAUUCACAAGUGUAGUUGGGACUGGAGUUGAGAGCUCAGGCCGAAACUUCUUGCAUGGAUGGCUAAAUCAGGGUCUUACGCACAUUACUGAUGACUGUGAGAUGUUCUUCACUGUGAUAUUUAUACCAUUCAUACAUGCUGCUCAUUCUGUGUUGUGAGCUGCCUUUGCAGUCAUCACAUACAUCUCUGAGAUGUCACACAAAGUUGAAUCUCAACACCCUUUGAAGGCUGUGACAUUUCAUAACAGCAGGAUGAGGACUAAAGCUUGCAGCAGUGAUGAGGAAGAGGGUUGCCCUUAAAAAUCAUAUCUGUGCUAUCAUAUGCUUGUGUACUUUGAGACUGACUUUGUACCCUUGGCUUUUGACUAAAGCUGUUCUUCACUGGGACCUGAGAGAAGAAGAGCACAGUACCUUUUCCAAAGAAGGAACCUCUCUGUGAAUUUGGGAAUGGUCUUUACUCUCCUGCCUCUGUGUCCUUGCUUGUUUGUUUGUGGUAUAUUGCAGUGGAUCUGAAGUUGAUAUAAGGAAGAAUUGCUUCUGGGAAGAGAAGCCUCCCUGUAAGGCCAGCCCCGAAGAUGUGGACUGCCAUUGUGUUCUUCCUGCUGAUUUCCUUCUCUGUAUGUGAACACAGGUUUUCUGUCCUGAAAGGGAGAGGAGUCCAUGUAGUGCAAAUAAACAGGCUUACAACUGAAAAACAAUGCAGGGAGGCUUGUCAAAGCCCAGGUGCUUCAGGAAAUCAUCCCUGUAAUUGGUCUGUACCCUACCAGAACCACUGCAUCUUCUUGCAGUGUCACCAACUGAGUGUGUGCCAAAAUGCUGGAGAACAAGACAUCAGAGAUCUACUUGGAGAAAUUGUCAGCGUGAAAUGGGAAACAGUCCUGUUUCCCCACCAAAGCUAUCCACAGAAAAAGGAGAGGAUGUUGAAUGCACAGGUUGCCCGACACAGUGUGGAAAACGUGUUUUCUUCAACUGUUCAGACUCGCAAAAUUCAUUUGAGGCAUUUGCUCGGGGUUGAUAAUGGAGAUGUCACAACAAAUACAAGGAAAUCAAUUGCAAGCAAUGCUACCACCCCCACUGCCCCAGCCAUAGCAACAAACAUUACAAAUGCAAGUGUCUUCAUUACCACUUACGAAACAACUGCCAAAGCCUCAAACAUCUCUGGAGGUUCUAAUACCACUGCUAAAGCCAUGCCAUCCACUGCCUUUUCUCCCACUUCUGGUAGCAUCUCUGCUUCCACUUCCAGCCAUGUCGCCCAGAUUGUGCCCACCAGCCAAACAUCAGAAAAUAAUAGCUCUGUCUCAGUAUUGUCCCCCACUUCUGUUCCCUUCAGUGUUACUUCUAAGGCAGGUACUCAAACAGAGCAGUCUAACCCAGCUACCACCACCACCAGUGCUCCCCACUCUAACAGCUCCACCACUGCUGGAGCUCACCUGAAGACACUGACCACAGGAUUGACCACCCUCAUCCCCCAGGAUGCAAGAACAUCUUCCACUGCUUCCACUCAUGCCACCACACUCAUCCCCUUGGAGAAUUCUCACUCUGAGAAUCCACCGCAUGUCAGCACGCUGCCAGAUCUAAAACCAGAAGCAAGUACAGCCACAAGAUCCUCGAGUGAAUCAACUUCUCUUCUGGGCUCUACAAGAAGUGCCAUGGUUUUAACUACAGCCUCUGCAGAAGAAACUACGACUGGGCACGGGAUAAAGUCAACAUCUGCCAUCUUUACAACAACCGUGGCUGCAACAGAUGCACCCAAAACAACAGCUUUGAACCUCACAGAAACUCAGGACAAAGACAAUGAGUAUCUUCUCAUUGCUGCCGAGCCUCUGACUCAAUAUUUAGUGGAUAAAAGUUCGCUCCUUGCAGUGCUUUUAGUUGGUACGUUUUUUUUCAUAACUGUUAUAGUUCUUUUCCUCAUGCAGGCCUAUGAGAGCUACAAGAAGAAAGAUUACACACAAGUGGAUUACCUGAUCAAUGGAAUGUAUGUGGACUCAGAGAUGUGAAGGGGUGGGGAUAAUACAGUGGACAGAGAGGUGGAAAGGGGUUUCAAAGUCUGCCUGACUUGUUUUCCCUUCCUAUUUGCCUAUAACAAACUGGAAGUGCUUCCAAAUUUACUUCUAGUGCAAUUGAGGAGAAAUGCCAUGUACUAUAUUAAGAAGAAGAAAAAUAAUUUUUUAUUCAACUGUGCAACAGGUUGCUGUAAAAAACAUAAAAAGAGGAAUAAUUUUUAACACUUUCAUAAUGCACAAUAGCUUUGGCCAUUAUUUUUCAUUGCAAAACAAACCUAACAAGGUGUAAGCUACCGCCCUCAGAAAAUGCUGUAGCACUUCUUCAACUGUGCAGGUUGAAGUUACACUGCAAGUUCCUUGUGUUCCAUUCAUUUUACAUGUGCUCCUUGGAAAACAGAGCAAAGGAUGCUGCCACCUUUUGGGAAGUGCUCCCAAACAGCCAGAUGAGAAGUCUGGAGUAUUGUUGCAACAGGGAACUUUUAAUCCAGUGUGUGUCAUAUUUCAGUAUGCUUCUUGCUUAUAAAGAGGUCUGUUUACAAGGUAUUGUAAACCCUAUUUACUGCUAACCUAAGAUAUCUUUUCACCACAGAGUGGAAUACUGUGCCUCUGCACUUAAAUGAUCUUAUUUUUGUAUUCAGUUAAUAAAUGGGACCCUGGAAGGGC